UUAGUUUCGCGCAGAAAGUCAAACAUUUCGAAUCGAACUGAUUGUCGCGGCGCUCCUCGUGCCGCAACCGGUAGUGUACGCAGGUGAGACUCGCUAAUCGAACGUUGUGCGCGUGCUACGGAUUUGCAUAAAUAAUUUGGAAUUCUUCGGGGAAAACCCUUUGUUGUCGGUUCGUCAUGGGAAUAUCGCCGUUGAAGGUGCUGGUCGCUCUGGCUCUCCUGGUGUGUUUCGUUGCCGCUGUUAACGGUCGAGGCUGUCCAUGGGGGAAAGGCGUCUGCGUUCAGAAUCGGUACUGCCGAAGGACGACGCGAAACACACGGCAAUGGGGUCCGUUCCAUAAGUGCAACCUGGAGGAUGGCAAGCGCGGAAUUUGUUGCGAUAGGAAGGAAAUUCCCCUGGGCAAAACCUGCACUACGUCUACGGGUGGAUCGGGUUUGUGCAUGGCGGAAGACCAGUGCGGAGGCUACACGAGGGACUUUCUGUUGGGAAUUGUGAAUGAUGAUAGCUGGAGGCGCUGGUCGAAUGUGUGCUACGAGGAGGGCCAAUCGAAAUUCUACUGCUGUCCUGGGCAUUUACAGAAGCCUAUAGCGUCGGAUCAUUCAUCGAGGCAAGUUAAACGCUUGGAAAACGCGUUUCCAAGCUGCAUUCAAAAAAGAGAUCGUCAUGCCGGUCAUUGUGUGCCGAUGCGCCUUUGCGACAGAUUCGGGAGCAUGGUGUUGGAUAACCAACCACGCUUCAAGUACGAACAACUUCCACACCAUUACCGAUGCCAUUCGGAUGCCUCCGACAGCACUUCCAUGUGUUGUGCCCAUCCGAAACCGGCUCACGGCUUGAUCAGAUACGCAAAGGCCUGGAAGGUACACCCGGACAAUUGUGGCCUGAUUGGGACGCCCGAUCGAGUGCUGGCCGGUGAUGAAGCUGACCUCGGGGAGUUUCCAUGGAUGGCCAAUCUGAUGUCUUUUCAGCUCAAGAAUCCGAAAUCAAAACAUUCGGAAUCUAUCAAAACGACGGUCUGCAGCGGAUCGUUGAUCCACGCUCGGUACGUUCUGACGGCUGCGCAUUGUUUUACGCAAAAAAUUAAGCCGACUUCUGUCCGACUGGGAGAACAUGAUCUGAGCAAAGAGAAAGACUGCGUAGAGCAUGAUUGUGCUCAUUACACUGAAUAUAGGAUCAUGAAGUGGGUCAUGCAUGAAAACUACAAUAAAAAGCCAGGACAGUAUGACAUCGCCUUGGUUAAGUUGCACCAGCCGGCAAACAUCACUGUGGAUCGAAUCUACCCGAUUUGCCUGCCCGUAACGACGCAGUGGUUGAUGAUGAAACCCUCUGAGCUGAUUGCGUCCGGUUGGGGUCUUACGGAAAAUGGACGGCUUCCCGAUGUACUGAGGCAUGCCACUCUGCAGACUUUGAUGGAUCGGCCGUACUACUGUAAGAAAGAGCAAAUGAUUUGCGCACGUGGAUCCAAAGGGGAAACACAUUGUAGAGGUGACUCGGGUGGACCCUUGCAACAGGCCGUACCCUACGGGGAGCGGUAUCGAAUGGUACUUUUUGGAGUCAUCUCUGGGGGAGUUCACAAGUGUAGUGUGGAAGACAAAAAUGUGGGAGUAUCGGUUUCGGUGGCAUAUCAUAUUAAGUGGAUAUUGGAUAACAUGGAAAUUUAGUUUAAUAUGCGAAUCGAAUUGCACAGGCAAAUCUUAAGGUAUUGUUAAGCUACAGUAACAAGGUCUGAGGUCAAGCUCGU